GGGGCCAUCCAUCCAUUUCACCCAUCACGUGUGUCAGUCAGUGUGUCAUUCAUUCAUUCAUUCAGUCAGUCAGUGUGUCACUCAUUCAUCAUCAUUUCCACCGGUCAUAUAUUCUCUUUCUGUGUGCGAGGGCCGUCGUGACGAUGACGGCCGCCGUGAUGGCCAGCAGCGACACGCUCAGCAGCGGGUAAUUGAACGUAGAGCUCAGCACAUCGAACCCCUGCGCACACACACACACACACACACAUGCACACACGUACCGACAGGGCUGGAUGGGAUGGGCGGAAUGACGUCUGUCUGUCUGUCUGUCUCUGUGUGCUCAUCGUGGAUUGCGUGCCUUUGCGGGCUGCACGGGGGCGAAGAAGAGGUCGAGGCCGUAAGCGAAGAGCAGAGAGGUCGACUCGAGCUCAGUGGGGUAGGUCGAUAUGCCGCGCAGAUGACACACCUGUUGAUUGGACAGAUCGACACACACACACAGGCACAGACACACACAGAAGGUCCGUUGCGUAAGUGUCUGUGUGUCAUUCAUUGACUACUCCCUCACCUGUUGGUAGUAGGAGAGCAUGUCUGUGUGUGUGAUGGGCAGUGUGGGGGCGUAGGGCGGGAUGCCCUCCUCCCUCUCGGCAGCCGACAGCUUCUUCGGCUUACUGCCCGCACGAGGCGGCGCCACCACCGGCCGGCGCGCAUUCAACACGUUCUUGGACGCGCCGUAGAUGUGACCGCUCGACAGCCCCUGACACACACACACACACAGGCACACGCCAUCCAUCCAUCAAAGGGACCUCUUUGCCUGCCUGUCCCGUCUUUGUCGGACUGACCAGUAGGACGAUGCGUGUGGUGACGCCCCUUUGUGUGGCGGUGACGCCCAUCAGCCGAAUGCCGCUGGGGAAAAUGAACGUCGCGUUGAAGGCCGUCGGGCUCGGCAGCGAGUGGGCCGACACGGCAGUCCGCAUCUCACGCACCACGGUGUGGGGCAGCCUGUGUGUCACUGUGGGCUGCACGGCUGCUGGUGGUGUUGAGGACUCGCCUGUCGAUGGGCCGGUGGCCCAGCCGUCGCCCAGCAAGAUGCCCAGGGGACCUGGUCGGGUGGUGCAGAAUUUAUGUGACUCCAUUGCUUGUCUGCCAUGGACGCAGUGAGUGCGCUGAUUGAUCGCUUUACCGACCGGUGUCCCGUUGUGGGUCGAAGAGCUCCACGACGUGCAUUUCGAACCGCGGCACCAUGCUGUGGUGCGAGUCCAGCGCGUUGAAGUAGUGAACUGCCACCCAGUUGUCACACACCUGCAAGAUGUGCCACACACUCACACACACACAAAUAUCCACACACACCCACACAGGCCCUUCGCGCCGCGCCCUCGGCUCACCGCCAUGUGCACCGGCAGGGCGGCGCCGAUGGGGAGGGUCUCGGACAGCAGCAUGGCCCCCGUGACGCCAUCAAUCAGGUGCAGAGUCAGCCGGAAGUCCAUCGCUGCCGCCUGCGCCUGCACCCCUCCAUCCAUCCAUCCAUCCAUCCCUUUGUGUGUGGGUGACAAUUCUAGUGUGGUGUGGUGUGUGCCUACGUUGUAAGUAUAUGCGUCCCACUGCGGUGGUGGUGCGUCUGUUGUGACGACGGCGAGUAGGUUGGGGUUGAGGUAGCGAUACAGCACCGUCACGUCGCCCUUGACCUGCACCGGCACGUGCUCGAAGUUGCGAUGGAGAGAACUCGCCACGCCUGCACCAUUGACGGAUUGAACAUCGUGUGUUGCGUGCUGUGCUGUGUUGUCUCUCUCUCUCUCUCUCUGUGUGUGUGUGUGUGUGUGUGUGUGCGUUGCCUGCGAUGUAUUUCUUGGCCGCGGCGAAGUUGGUUUGCCAUCUUGGGACAACACGAAGGGAGCCGUCUGUGCGAUCAACACCGAAUCCUGGUUGACAGACAGAGAGACCGAGAGACCGAGAGAAGGACGCACACACGCGGUGGUCCGCAUGUAAGUCUAUUCCCAAUCCCCCCGCCCCACACGCGCGCACACGCACCGGUGAUGAUGCUCUCAUUGGUCUGCACCCGAUAGUACGAGAACAUCUCCGGCAGCCACUCCACCAGCUGACACACGCAUCACACACAAAUUUGCAGGUGGGAGUGAGCCCAACGCAGCAACACCGCCCACUCACCUUUGGCGACGGUGGGUAGAGCGCGACGGUCCCAUUCCUCUCCACCACCAUCACAGGAUCCACGUCGCCAUGCAACUCCAUCUCCCAUCCCUCCAAGCCACCACCACCACCAGCACGAUCACCGCCGCCCUUGACGCUCGCAGCCAUGUGUGUGGCGUGUCCCGGCAGAGCCAGCGGCAGCACGUCGGCAUCGGGGCUCACGUGGACCUGCCGCCUUGUGUGGCCGGUGAGCGUGUCGAGCCAGAGGAGGGAGGGGGAGGGCUGCAGGGGGAAAGCUGUGUGUGCGCAGAUGAGCACCUCUGGCCACCGCCGCGAUAAAGGCUUGAGCAGGGUGAUGGGGCCGUCUUGAAGGUUGUGGCUGUUGGACAGGCUCUCUGUGAGCUGUGUGUUGGUGGUGUGGAGCCGCGCUCUGGGUCUGCAUUCGGGCGGUGGGUGGUGGUGCAGGACGGCAGAGGUGAUGUCCCACACAGUCUUGUGCCACAGGAUCCGCCCACUCGACGCAUGCAGCCCAUACACCUGCACACACACAUCCACACACACAGAGAGAGGGAGAGAGAGAGAAUCGGCACACGCAUUACCAUCAACCAGUAGCCCGCCUUACCUUGCCGGCACACGUGGCCAAUACGAUCACGUCACUGUCGCCAAAGCGAUGGUGGCCGAUGUGCCCCUUGCGCGCCGUCAGCAUCGCCUCCCUCAGCCGCUCCCGCGCCCCCAUCCCAACUGACAUGUCCCCACCACCACCACCACCACCACCCACACCCACACCCACCAGCAGCGGGCUCCGCCCCUCUGUCUGCCGCCUGACGGCCAUCUGGUCUUUGCCCUGCCAUCGCCGCACGUCAACCAGCUCCCCCAGCGACCCCACUAUCAGCCCGACAGACGCCAGCACAUAGUCGCACGUGAGCAUGAGAUUGGCCCACAGGCGGGAGAGGGGGGAGGGGGUGCUGGCUGUGCCGGGGGAGAGCAGCGACAGAAUUAGGGAGAAGAGCGGCAGGGGCUCGGCGAGGAUCUCGGCUUCUUCCUGGGCCUCCUCCAUCUCUGGUGAGGCGUGUGGGGUGGUGGGUGAGCGCAUGAGGUAGGAGAGGAGGGAGGGGGGCAGGUGGUAGAAGGAUGACGCCUUGACCGACCCAAGGGCCUCUUCCCUGAUCCACGACACGCCAGCCUGCCGAAUCAGCGCCAGGGAAUGGUCCGCACACGACACCGACACGCGCCUGACUCAUGAAACAGACGCAGAACAGGCAGGUGUGCACACAGACUGUCUGUCUGUCUGUCUGCCUGUGGGUCGCUCACACGUCAGAGGAGCUUUCUCUCACCAGCGCGACCAUCGCUGGACCGCGCUCUGUGUUGCGGAGAGACGAGUCUCUAACAGCCAGACAGACAGACAGACAGAGGUGCAUUCAUGUGUGUGUGUGUUCUCUCUUUAUGUGUGUGGUGUGAUGGGUUACGCACUCGAGUACAGGCUCGGUGCCGCCGGUGGUCAAGUCGAUCUUCUCCACGUGUGUCUUCUCGUGACCAAUCAACACACCGCCUAGCAACGUCCUGCGCACAGACACACACACACACACCAGAGAAUGAUGAGUUCACAUGGCUUCCUGCUCUGUCUGUCUGUCUGUCUGUUGGGUCGGCUCACGUGGAUGGCUCCCGUGUGUUGGUCGCAUAGAACGGUGCCAAUGCCCAGCGACCCUCCUUCGACUGACCGACCAAUGACAACAUGGCACCCAUACACACACACACUCGUGUGUCGCCCACUCUCCAUUGGUUCUCUCUCUCUCUCCCUCUCUCCCUCUCUCUCUCUCUCCCUCUCUCUCCCCGCCCACCCACUGGCUCACCCAUAUGUUGUUGAGCCGCCCCUCUGUGCCCUUGAUGAGAGCGUAAGACCGCCGCGAGUCGGCCAAAGUCAGCACACCGUCGACAGCGCCCCUCUCGCCCAGAAACCUCACCCUUCCUCCGCCCCCGCCCACAGAAUGAGAGUAGCUCGUCCCCCUUCCGUCUUCCUUCAUGUCCACCGCCUUGAUCGUCCCCUCGCUCUCCACCCACCCCACCAGUGUGCCCGCGACCUGCACCACAUUCUGCUCCUCACCAACAGGCGUCAUGGUGACCUUGCCCAGCGUCGUUGGCUUGCCAGAGGGCUGCUGCCUGCUGUCGUCUACCGUCUUGUGAAUGGACGCUACCAGGGAGGAGGACGAAAUGUCGCGGCCAAUGAGAGCAAACGAGAUGGCGUCGCCGUCUUGGUCGUCGAGAGGGAUGACGCGGGAGUAGCGGACAGACCCGUGACUGGCACUAGUCGCCCAAUCUCGCAGAAUGCGGCCGGAAGUGGCGUGGCGCAGCUGAGCGCCCCUCUCAGUGGCCAGCAGCACGGCCUCGCCCCCACCGCCGUCACUCGGCACGAUGGCCACGUCCACCAAGGCUGCAGGCCGCUCACCAUCGCUCUGCUGACUGUCCUGGGUGAUGGUCUCCUGCCACAAGAGAUCGCCGUUGUGCACAUGCCAGCACCGAACAGAGGUCGACGACCUCCCACCACCAUCUUCAUGGCCGUCGUUGACACUCAGCGAGACCAGGAUGGCCUUGCCGAUGGCGAGCCGCGAUACCCUCUCACCUUCAUCUUUGCCCUCCCGUCGCCACUCGAGUGCGCCGGUUUUGGUCUGCAGUGCGGCCACGAUCCCCUGCGCUGUGCCGACAUAGAGGCGCCGCGAGUGGGUCGGCAGGGGCGAUGUGACGAGAUGGGUGACGCGGCCGACCGUCUGGAUGAGCCAAUCGCGCUCGCCGGCCUCGUCUUCGUAGAGCGCAUGGGUGACCCGGGGGAGGGAGAGGAGAAAGAGGAUAGACCACAGGGCGGCGAGGCGGGUGAACAGGGUGAGUGUGGGAUGACUCAUCGGCAUCUGCAUGAAGCUGCUGCCGCUGGUGGAAGGAUCCAUAGAUCUGGCGGUCAGAUCCACAUGCCUGCCGUCACCUUCGCCUCGUGUAGCCUCCUUGGUUGGUUGGUUAGAGAGUCC